AUGUUGGAGGUGACAAAAGCGGUGGAGGACAUGUCCAAAGGGCUGGCAUCCGUCGAUUCGCUGGAUAUAGACGGAUUCGGACACAGACUGAUAUCCUCGCGUUGUUUUGGAACUGAUGCGCUUCACAUCAGCUCACGCACUGGCACUGCCGGUGCUGGUGGGGCUGCUGGUGGGGCUAUGCUAGCAGGAGCGGAGGUAGAGGAGGAGGAUGGGGGGGAGGAGGGAGAGGAGGAGGAGGAGGAAGGGGAGGAGGAGGAGGAGGAGGAGGAGGAGGAGGAGGAGGAGGAGGAGGAGGAGGAGGAGGAGGAGGAGGAGGAGGAGGAGGAAGGGGGGGAGGAGGAGGAGGAAGAGGAGGAUCGUCCAGUUCAGACGGACAGGAGAGGAGGGGGCCUAGCCUAUGAUCUUGUGAUUGUGCUGGCUGACGACAAGCUGUUUGGCAGAAAGAAGGUGGUGAGCAUCUGCCGGGAGGCUGUUGCUUGCGGUCCUUCGAGAUCCGUGUCUGCUGGGAAUCACAGCCGAUUCGUUUCCUUCCAGGGCGUGAUUCUGCCCAUGCUCAGGGUCAUCUGUCAGGUAACGUCCUGCAAUUUUGCUUGCAGUUGUGCUGUUUGCAACAAUCCUGCAUCGAGCAAGGUCAACGUAACCCUAGCAGCAGUCGUCGAGCUGGAAGGUCUCCAAGAGUACCUCAUCGGCUGCAUGCGCCUCCUUACCCAACGGGGAAUGAUCCGCGAUCUAUCACGGGACGACGACAAUAUCAACGACUGGGAUGCGGCAUUCCACAUCAUCAUCAGCUUCUUCAACCUUACCAUGGAUCGAUUCUACUCCCUGUUCGAUGCAGCACAAGCCAGCGCAGACAUGCAGGAGCUAGAAGGCAUGCUUGAGAAGUGGCAGAGGGAGACGCCGGUGUUUGAUGGGAAAUACCACAGCAUUAGAUCAACGCUUUACAGGCUGCGCAAGUCGCUGGAUAGGCGGCAGCACAGUCAGCGCCUGUCCAGCAUGCAGGAUGUGGAUGGUCCAGGCGAGCUCAGCUUGGAGGGCCGCCCCCGGCAUGACAACGACCAUCUUGAAAUCUCAGCUAUUUCCGUGGCGCCAACAAUGGAGGAGGUGCUGUGCAAGGCAUCGCCCUACCUGCCGCACAACCACCCCAGCGAGCCGCACCACCUGCCAGCAGGCUCCGUAGCCCGCCACGUGGACAUCCAAUUCCGCCUGCUCCGCCACGAUUUGAUUGCCCCCCUUUGGAGCAAGGCGCUCUUCCUCUUCCACCGCCUCAACCACGAAGCGUCCCGGGGCGCUCGUGGCGGGAGUAGCAGCGGGAACAGUGGCAUCGGUGGUGGAAGGGAGGAGGUGAUGGGGCUGUUGAGGGCGGACAGGGAGUUGGUGCGGGGUCUGACGGAUGACAUGAAGGGCGUGGUGGGGUUCUCCUCGGAGGACAUGGACGUGUAUCUGCUGCGCGAUGUGCACGUGCUGUCUAUCAACACGGACAAGAGGAGCGGGGUGUACUUUCUGAUUGAUUUCCUCGAGCCUCCCAUGCCGCGGGGCCGGAAUGCCCGUAACAGUCUUGGUAAGUUUGAGUUCCCUUCCGAGGACAUGGACGCGUAUCUGCUGCGGGAUGUGCGUGUGCUGUCUACCAACCCGGACAAGAAGAGCGGCGUGUACUUUCUGAUUGACUUCCUGGAGCCACCGAUGCUGCGGGGCCGGCAGGCUCGUAACAGGGUGGAGUUCUGGGACAACACGCGGAGGCUGCAGAACGGCUCGCUGGUCUGCCUGUGGAUUCGAGGCAUCCAGCGCAGUCACACUCACCGCACUCGCAGGCAGCAGCCACCCCCUGCAGGAGACACUUCAGCGAGUGACUCUUCGUCCCACCGGCUCGUCUUUGCAACUAUCACAGCCCGAGAUACGAAGAGGCUUGCCACUGCCAGGCCGCAGAUAGGAGUGCAGCCGUGCGGGGAGAACGGGUUCAGUGCAGACCUGCUGGGGCUGAUUGCCCAGGACGGCAGUGGGGGAAGUGGGAAGAGUGGGGGGAGUGGCGGGAGUGGCGGCGGGAGUAAGGGCACACAGGUGGUGAUGCUGGAGGCUCAUGGGAGCUUCUUUGCGUACGAGCCGAUUCUGAAGGCGCUGCAGAGCAUCACUGACGCGUCGCUUCCCUUCUCUGAGUACAUCUGUGGGGCAGCUGGUGUGGCACCUGGUGGGGGGGUACCUGGUGCAAUACCUGGGAGGGCCCCUGGAGCGUACAAGCUGCCUGCAUACAUCAAAGGAGGCAUGAUGUACGACUUGAGCCUGCUGCUCAAGACCAAGCCGCCCUCGUCCUCCUCUCAGCAGGCAGGGAACACUCCAGAGGACGAGUUUGCAAUCAGGAAUGUGAUGAUCUCCAGCCCCACCGCCUUCCCCCUGGAUGCUCUCCUGCGCUGCACGUCGCUGGACGAGCCCCAGACUGUGGCGCUGCGAGCUGCCCUCACGCAGGAGUUCGCUCUGCUGCAAGGGCCCCCGGGUACUGGCAAGACGUUUGUGGGAAUAAAGCUUGUGGAGAUUCUCCUGAGCAAUCCGCUCAAGAGCAGCUCCUCAGGCCUCAUCGCCAGUGGCAUCAAGAACGUGGUGCGAGUGGGAGGGAGGAGCAAGUCGGAAGUUCUGCAAGACUACAACCUCCUCAACAUCAUCCGAAGCUCCAAUCUGGAUCGCAGCAGAAGCACGUACAGCGACGCCCUGCAGCAGCGCAGCGACAACGUGGCGGCUGUGGCGUGGGGUACCAUCUCCUCCCACCUCAUGGCCAAUCAUCCUGUCUUCUUCCAAGCGCUCCGCACCGUCAGCAAGGCAGACAAGGACGGGUUUGAGCAGCAGAUUGAGGGAGGUGGAGGAGGUGAUAGGCACGUACAGCGACGCCCUGCAUUCGGAUUCUGCAGGGCUGCUGAUGACGCCCUGCAUUCGGAUUCUGCAGGGCUGCAGAUGACGCCCUGCACCAAGCCUCGCGCUUCUGGACAACAGGCAGGCAUGCAGAACGCGUUUGAUGCCCUGGGUUUCCUUGGUGAGUUCGAGGUUCGGGAGGGGUGGGCAGGUGCAAGCAUUGCGAGGGACGGCGGAGUGAGUGAGGAGCUGAGCGAAAUGGUGGGCAUGAUGGCUACCUUCUACGAGGAUGGCAGUGGUGGUGGGGAUGCAGUGUCAGGCACUGGCCUUGACGACUCGUGGCUAGGCCUUGUGCCGUCAGGGAGAACGAGAGGAGCAGGAGGAACAGGCGGGGCAGGAGGGGCAGGAGGGGCAGGAGGGUUCCCUAUGGAGGAAGAUCUCCCACAUGCGUCUGGUGACUUGGGCAUUCACGACAGCAGUGAAAGCCAAGGCAGCAGGGGGAAGAAAGGGGGCAGGCAGGGGCAGGGAAAGAAGGGGAAGGAGGAGGAGGUGGUGGAGGAGGUGUGGGUGGGGCCGGAGGUGGAUGAGAGAAGUGACAGAGGAGUGGAGGAGCUGUUAGGAUUGGAGGACCCAUGGGCAACGAGUGGGCGGGAGAGAAGGAAGCUGGUGGAGUUCUGGGUGGGGGAGCUGCGCGCCACUGCCACUGCUGCCAUUGAGGCGGAGGUGGCAAAUUACUCCAGGAAGGUGCGGGAACGCAGUGAGUUACAGCAGGUGGAGGACCUGCAGGUGCUGAGGAGGGCGCAGGUGGUGGGCAUGACAACGUCCGGGGUGGCCAAGAUGCAGCGCCUCAUCACAGCGCUCGGCCCACGAGUCAUCAUCGUGGAGGAAGCGGCUGAGGUGCUGGAAGCCCACAUUCUGACCUCGCUCACCCCGCAGACACAGCAUGUUAUCCUUAUAGACCCAGCAUGUCAUUCUUAUAGGUAUGGUAUGGCAUGGGCUGUUGCUGCUGCGGAUGUGGUUUUGGUGUCACUGCCCGCUGUCAUCAUUGAGGAGGAGGCUGCUGCUGAGGUGCUAGGCGACCACCACCUGCAGCUGCGCCCCAAGGUGGAGGUGUACGAGGUGAGCAAGGACUCACCCGACCCCUGCAUUCAUUCCCUCCCCAUGUGUGUGUCUUGCAUCCUUUCCAAUUGGCAGGCGACCACCACCUGCAGCUGCGCCCCAAGGUGGAGGUGUACGAGGCGACCACCACCUGCAGCUGCGCCCCAAGGUGGAGGUGUACGAGGUGAGCAAGGACUCACCCGACCCCUGCAUUCAUUCCCUCCCCAUGUGUGUGUCUUGCAUCCUUUCCAAUUGGCAGGCGACCACCACCUGCAGCUGCGCCCCAAGGUGAAGGUGUACGAGCUGAGCAAGGACUCCGUAGUUGGUGACCACCUGCAGCUGCGGCCCAAGGUGGAGGUGUACGAGCUGAGCAAGGACUCCCACAAGGGCUUCGACCUGGACGUCUCUCUCUUCGAGCGCCUGGCGCUCUCCCGGCAGAUCCCCGUGUACACCCUCGCCACUCAGCGCCGCAUGCGCCCUGAGAUUGCUGACCUCAUCCGCCACACCAUCUACCCCGACCUGAGGGACCACCCCUUUGUCCAAGGCUACCCAGACGUGCGCGGCAUGGCGGCCAAUCUGCACUUCUGGGACCACAACUUUCCGGAGAGCGGAGGGGACGACCUGAGGGAGGGCAAGUCAAAGUCCAACGCGGGCGAGGCAGCCAUGGUGGUGGCCCUCGCCACGUAUCUCCUGCAGCAGGGGUACUCGGGAGGGGAAGUCACCAUCCUCACGCCCUAUGUCGGCCAGCUGCUGAAGCUGCGCCAGGCGCUUUCCCAGGUGGUCAAUGUGCGCCUGGGGGAGGGCGAUGCGGAGGUGGUGGAGGAGGCUGAGGAGAAGGCGGCUGCUAGGGAAGGUGCAGCUGAGGGGGAGGAGGCUGGGAAUGGGGCGGCGGUGACUAAGGGGAAGGGCCUGGGGCUGGAGUUUGCUGCGCCAAAGGCGGUUACCGCAAAUCUGAAGGAUGCGGUUCGGCUGGCCACUGUUGACAAAUGUCGCUUUUGGCUUUGUUUCUUCAUGCUGGGCCGGGCUGUGCAGUCACCAGGGCGAGGAGAGGAGAGCACGGUGUUCAUCAUUUUCCUAGUUUUUUCUAUGCAUCAGCAAGAUGUCCGAUGCAUGGGUGCUGAUGCAGUUUCUGUGUUGCUUCUUCAUGUCGAGGUGUGCAGUUUCCAGGGCGAGGAGAGCACGGUGAUCAUCAUCUCCCUCGUACGCAACAGCAAGGAGAGCAGGCCUUGUUUCCAGGGCGAGGAGAGCACGGUGAUCAUCAUCUCUCUCGUGCGCAACAACGUGGACGGCAAGAUUGGGUUCCUCAAGAGCCCCAACCGCACCAACGUGCUGCUCUCCCGCACCAAGCACGGCAUGUACAUCGUUGCACUUCAUUCAUGCCUUUUCAAAUUGUCCUUCCUCUCUUCCCCCUCUUUCCUGCAAAUCUCCUCGUUUCGAGCAGGCACUGCCAGCACCAUGCAGGCGGCUACCUCCAAGUCUGUGCUCUGGCCGAGGAUCAUGGACAUGCUUGACAGCAGGGGGUGUGUGGAUAAGUUCAUUCCGCUGCGCUGCAAUGCCAGCACCAUGCGGGCGGCUACCUCUAAAUCGGUCCUCUGGCCGAGGAUCAUGGACAUGCUUGACAGCAGGGGGUGCGUGCAAAAGUUCAUUCCGCUGCGCUGUGUGAACCACCCGGACACGGUGACGCACAUUGAGAGAGCGGGGGAGUUUAAGGAGAAGGCCAGCGAGGGCGGAUGCUCCCAGAUGUGUGGCUUUCGGCUCAAUCCCUGCGGCCACACCUGCCCCCGCAGGUGCCAUGGCGACGACAGGGCACACGCCAAUGCGUUCUGUCCCAAGGAGUGCAACCGCAUCCGCCCUCUGGAGGAGUGUCCGCACCAACACACGUGCCCCAAACAGUGUGGCGAGGCCUGUGGGCCCUGCCUCGUCACCAUCCGGGCACUCACGCUCCCCUGUGGACAUCAGGCCUUCAACGUGCCUUGCUUCAAGGCUCAGAAUCCCUCUUCAAUCUUCUGCUCGUAA